CAAAAACAUCAAACCAAACCCUAAAAAUAACACAUUGCACUAAACCCUAAAAAAAACUCUCCAAGAAAAUGGCAAAAGCUAGUUCUACCUUGAAGGGCAAGACCUUAAAUGGCCUUGGCAAUCUCAUAAGACUCCUCCCAACAGGAACAGUCUUCACGUACCAAUUCCUAAACCCUAUUCUCACAAACAAUGGCCAUUGCACAAUUAUAAACAAAUACCUAUCAGGCAUACUCAUUGCCCUUUGUGGAUUCUCUUGUGGAUUUUCUUGCUUCACCGAUAGUUACACUGACAACGACGGCGCCACCCGUUAUGGCAUAGCCACAAUGAAGGGGCUUUGGCCAACAUCUUCAUCGGUGGACACAAGUUCCUACAAAGUCGGAGUUGGUGACUUUGUACAUGCAUUUUUUACUAUAGUUGUUUUUGGGGUUGUGACUAUUUUGGACCGGAACACGGUGGAUUGUUUCUUUCCGGCGUUCGAGUCGACGCAAAAGAUGUUGAUUAUGGUGUUGCCACCGGCUGUGGGUGCCAUUUCUAGUGUUGUGUUUAUGGUGUUUCCUAAUAAGCGUCAUGGUAUAGGGUACCCUCCAACUAGCCAAGAUAACUAAAAAGGGAGUUAUCUUGAGUUAAAAAUAUUGUAUACUAGUAAUGAUUUGAUCGAGUGGUGUCUUUGAAAGGAUUUCUUUUUGUUUGCUAUUUUUUUUUUCCACUCAAGUGAAUUAUUCUUUAAUUCAGUGAAAUAAAGUGUGUAUAUGAUGUAAAUCAAGAAAUGAAUAUAUUUACAAGAUUUGAUGUUUA